AUUAGAGCCGGCUUAAUUUAACCCUUGUGCUGGCCCCCUCGGACUCCGGGGCUAGGGAGGGAGCCCGGCCCCUUUUUCGGCCAGGGACCCUCCCAAUUCGCAGCCCGGCCCAGCCCAGGGCAGGGCAGAGCGCCGGCGGAAGGAUGGACGGGAGGAAGGAGGGCCGCGGUUUGCCCAGGGUGCUUUUGGGGGGCCUUGCGGGCCAGAUUCUCCCUGCACACGGGCCUCAGUCUGGUGCCGCUUCUAGAGCCGUCUGGAGGAGCUGUGCCCGGGAGUUGAGCUGCCACGCCUCUCACUGCUCCGCCAUCUUGGCCCCGCCCCCUGCGCCAGGCCCAUUUCAGGCCCUUGCUGCAGACUACAGGAAAGGCUUCUCGGGAUUGACAGAGAGGGGGAAGAUGACGUCUUCCUCGCUUCUGGAGCUCAGCUCCAGGGGCACCCAGCUGCGACCCAAUGGCGGGCCCCAGGCCGAGCCGGUGGACCUGUCCCUGCACAAGCCCAAAGCCUCGCCGCCGCACACCAGCCCACUGCUGCCCUCGGCCAUGCUGGUGGCCCCCUCGGUCCAGCCGCCCGUGGGCGGUGUCCUCGGGCUGGGCUCCCCCUCCACCUCGGCCAUCCCGGCCGUGCUGUCUCCCGGCUCCAUCCUGGCCUCGACCCAGGGCAGCAGCGGCCAGGGAUCCCCCCUGAUCACCAUUCCUCGGUCAACCCUGCCCCGAUGGGGAACCCAGACCAUCCCUGGUGGUGUCCCUGGUUUCACCACUGUGGCUCCAGCCCCGGCCGCCAUCACGGUCCCGCUGAUCGGAGGAGAUGGCAAAAAUGCCGGUUCUGUAAAACUGGACCCCAGCUCCAUGUCUCCCGUGGAAGUGCAGAGCGACAGUGAAGACAGUGUGGGGGAGACUGUGUCUGUGUCUGCGGCCUUUCAGGAGCUGCAGAGAGAGUCUGUGGGGGUCCCGAUACAUCACACCGAGUCCCCUGACCUGAAGAAGAGGCGCAUUCACCAGUGUGACUUUGCGGGGUGCAACAAGGUCUACACCAAGAGCUCCCACCUGAAGGCCCAUCGGAGAAUACACACUGGAGAGAAGCCAUACAAAUGCACCUGGGAAGGCUGCACCUGGAAAUUUGCUCGCUCGGAUGAGUUGACCCGGCAUUUCCGCAAGCACACGGGCAUCAAACCCUUCCACUGCUCGGACUGUGACCGCAGCUUCUCCCGUUCGGAUCACCUGGCCCUUCACCGGCGGCGGCAUAUCAUGAUCUCUUGCCCUGCUUCGGAUCAGUGUUUGGAGAAACUGGCAAGUUCCCUGGGAUCUUUCUCCAAGACUGAGCCCCAGCAGUGGAACCCAGACGACCAGUUGGCAGCUCCUUCAGGGUACCUCCUGCUGCCCACUUCCCUGCCAAUGGACUCGGAUGCUGAGUGAGCCCCUGCUGCCCGCUUACCGUCAGGCCAGCGGGGCUCAUUUAGAAACAGUGUUUCCCAAUACACCAGCAGACAAUAUUUUGGACAUUAGCUGAGUCACGCAGGGAAGGCCUCUAAAAUGUAGAAAAAUAGAGCAAAGUGGGCGACACGAGCCCCCACGCCCCGGCCUCGUCUCAACCCCCCCCCCCCCCCAAGGAGGGUGGAGGAGAUAAAUGGCAGCGAUUUCUGGAGCCUCUCCGCCUCCUCUUAUGCACAGACUACUGGCUGUCGCUGCCGCCAUUGCCGCCACUGGCAAGUCCCGCCUCCCUUGCCCUCCUGAGCGAGAGAGCGGCAGGAUGGGUUUUCUCCCACUGACCUUUCCCCUUUCCCUUCUCGAGGGCCUCCGAGCUGGAGCCGUCCUGGCCGGAAGGUCCCGCCGGCCGCUUAGCUUUUCUCGCCACCUUUUGCCUGCUUUUGUUUCCAGUCGGGUGCUUUGCCCCCUGCCUGCCAGGGGCUUUCUGGUGUUGGGGUUUCCUUGGUAUGGGGAUCUCGGGGACUCAGCUGGGCUCAGCUGGGCCCCGGCCUCUCACGUGCCUUUUGCACUGAGGGCUCCCCGUUUCAGUUGGCCCCAAAAGCCGGGCCUAACACGGUUUCCUGCCUUGUCUUCUGCUUCCCCUGAAGGGGCCACUAAUCACAUGACCGCGGAGAAGAACUGUAUUCGCAGCCAGUGCUUUGGGUUCCAAAGGGACUGUAGCUGCUUCCCAACCUCCGAGGAAAUGUCUCCAGUCGAGGGGUGUUGAGGGCCUGCUCUCUGAGCUGACUCGUAGCUGUAGCUAGCGGCCGAAGGAGGGGAUGGAGAGAGGAAAGAGCUCCCCGAUGCGACUCCAUUAGGGGGUCCGUUCACUCCAUUAGGGUGACUCCCCCCCGCUUCUCCCCAGAGACACUGGCAAAUUCUAGACCCGGGCACUUGGGAACCCCAAGUUUAUAACAUCAGGUCCCUCCUUUGGGGGGGCACGGUGCCGCCAAGUCCUCCUCGGCACCACGCUCCCUCAAGGGUACGCCACGCCUCGCGCCGAGGCCUGUGAGACCGGCCGGGCUUUGUCCUCGGCCCGGGGGGAACGCUGCCGUUCCUUUUCUAGUUCCCAUGUUAAAGUGAGUUUUAUGUUUCCUAAGCACAUUUUGGCGGGUGGUUGGGAGGAGGGGCAUGGGCUAAGUUGGCUGGGGGUGGGGGGGAUGUUGCAGGGUAUCAGAGCCAACCCCCUCGGGUGUCAGGACAAUCUGAACUCGGAACCCGGGGGCUGCUGUCGUCACGGGCCGGACGGAGCAUCGCUCUGUCGCUGUCGGCGUGGUGGGUCCUGACGGUCGACCCCUCUUGGGAGCGUUUGGCUUCGGUUUGUUUCCCGCAGAGCCUUUGUUGGCGCAGACGGGGCGGGAAAACGGGCCGUUUGGCCGCUCUCGGGUCCCGGCUCCCGGGACCAGGGCUGACGGCGCCGAGCCGGGCCUCGGGGCUGUUGAGAGGCGCUGAGCGACUCCCGGCCAUGGGCGCCUGCCCGGCCCCUGCCUGUUUGGGCUGUGCCCCGUGCUCACGCCAGGUGGGCUCCUCUUCCUGGCCUCCAGAUGCUUCCCUGGGCCUUCUCUGUCCCGUUCUUCUUCUGGGCUCAGAGCCAGAAGGAUUUUCCUGCAUCUAGGAAGCGGGUGUGAGCUCUUGGAGGGAAUCCCACGUGGGCGGCCCCUCUUCCAUUCCCCCGAAAGGUGGUUAGUCCAGCCUCUGCUCAAACACUGGAAGUGACAGGGAGCUCACUACCUCCAGAGGCAGCUCCUUUUAUCUACAGGUGUUUUCUGGGGGCUAAAAGGCUAACUUCCCCACUCUGCACAACCCUCCCCCCAGGUCUUUCCAGCUCCUGGUCUCAGGCACAACCCUUUUCCCAGGGAUCUCUUCAAUGAAAGAAAUAAAAUUAAGUACAAUUUUUUCCUGUGAUUACUGUUUGAUUUGUAUAGACUUUUAGAAAACUUUAUACUGUAUAGUGUACAGGUCUAUUGUUUAUAGUUGAUUAAAUAGUUGAUUAAAUAGA